AUGAUUAGGCGCGAUCGCGGUAGCGAACAUCCUAAAACUUUCAAGUUUCUUGCCAAGAUCACGCAGGAAGAAAUAAGAGUUGAAUCAAAAAUGUGUACGUGUAUUAAUUACUCUCACAAUCGUUUAACAAUCGAUCAGUUAUUUGAUACAGAAACAUCUAAACCUCGACUAGAAUUAUUACGCGAACAUUUAUUUAAAGAGGGACGUUUAGAAGAAGAUACUGCAUUAUUAAUUAUUGAAAAUGGGGAAAGAUUAUUAGGAAAUGAGGAAACAUUACUUGAAAAUCUUAAACUACCGAUAACAGUUUGUGGUGAUAUUCAUGGACAAUUUUAUGAUCUUAUGAAACUAUUUGAAAUUGGUGGACCACCAGAAACAACUCAAUAUUUAUUUCUAGGUGAUUAUGUUGACAGAGGCUGUUUUUCAAUUGAAUGCGUACUUUAUUUAUGGUCAUUGAAAAUACAUUAUCCAACAACAUUGUUUUUAUUACGUGGAAAUCAUGAAUGUCGCCAUUUAACAGAAUAUUUUACAUUUAAAACAGAGUGCAACAUAAAAUAUUCGGAACGUAUAUACGAUGCUUGUAUGAAUGCGUUUGAUUCAUUACCAUUAGCAGCAUUAAUUAAUAAAAAAAUUCUUUGUAUUCACGGUGGUUUAUCGCCAGAAAUUCAUACACUUGACGAUAUCAAGAAAAUUGAUCGUUUUCAAGAGCCACCCUCGUAUGGACCAAUGUGUGAUUUACUUUGGAGUGAUCCAAUAGAAAAUUAUGAUAGUAAUGAUGAAGAAAAUUUUUCAUCUAAUACUGCACGUGGUUGUUCGUAUUUUUAUACAUUUAAAGCAGUUAACGAUUUUUUACAACGUAAUGCAUUAAUAACUAUAAUACGUGCCCAUGAAGCACAAGAUCUUGGUUAUCGAAUGUAUCGUAAACAAACUGGUAGUGAUUUUCCAUCAUUAAUGACAAUAUUUUCUGCACCAAAUUAUUGUGAUGUUUAUCAAAAUAAAGCAGCUAUUUUACAAUAUGAUAAGAAUAAUGUUAUGAAUAUUAAACAAUUUAAACAUAGUGAACAUCCAUAUUGGUUACCUAAUUUUAUGGAUGUAUUUCAGUGGAGUUUACCAUUUAUUUGUGAAAAAGUAACAGAAUUAUUAAUAAGUAUAUUAAAUAUUUUUAAGGAAGAUGAAUCUGAUGAUAAUGAUAUCUGUCGUCGUGAAAUAAUUCGAAAUAAAAUACGUACUGUAGGUAAAAUGGCCAUAGUUUAUUCAUCAUUACGUGAAAAACACGAAAAUGUAUUAAAUUUAAAAGGUAUAGCACCACCAGUUGAUGGUGAAGGUGAAGCAGAAAAAUUAUUAAAACAGCAUUUGCCUCCGAAGAUUCCAUUUUCAACAGCUAAAAUAUUAGAUCGAGUCAAUGAACGUAUGCCGCCACCAGUUUCAACAUCCGUUGAAGAAAAUAAACAACCUGUGGCAAUAACACAACAAGGAAAUGCUAAGAAAAUAGCGAAUCCAACAGUUGAUAAUGGUUAA